AACAUUUGCCGUGUGCGCUUCUUUAUGUAUUAUCCUGAAGUUUUUAGUUAUGAUUAGUGUAUUGGGCAAUACAUGUUCAUUGAGGCUAUUUAAAUAGAGUUGUGUUCGUGAAGUGUUGAAUCAUGCUGAGCGCGAGACUGCGCCUGCGCGAGCGACCCACGUGCUGUGUCCCGGCAGGCGCAUGCGCGAGCGAGCGAACAUGGCGACGCGCUGCACGUCUCGCGUUACCGGACAGUGAGACACACCGAGAGAGAGAAAAAGAGAAACGGUUUUGUCAGUACUGCGUCUCGAUGCAGAUGCUCCAGGUGAAAUGAAUAAGGCACCUCAGCCUCUGUCAGGACCCCCCUCCGCCCCGCUUCCCGCGCACUCCCCGGGCCUGUCCCAGCCCAGUUUUUCUCCUGUUCCGCCAAUUGUGUUCGGCACCACUCCGCCGCAGAUGAACCCCGCCGCCCAACCCCGACAGUUUGCCUCAGGUCCUAGGGCUUUACCACAACAGGGAGGAUUCAGGUCACUGCAGCCGUACUAUACCAGUCGGCCCACUUUACCCGCCAAUUCUGGGCGUGUCCAG